AUUGUUGUUGUUUUUUUUUGACUGAGUCAGAGUCAAAUUACUUAAUUUUACACAUCUUCUGAAACCAAGUCUGAAUCGAUCCCUCUACAAUGGGCAAGGACGUUGGAACAGAUAGUUUGCCAUCCCCAACCCAAAAUCUCUUGAUAUGCGAAAGCAUUCAGAUUUCCUGGAACCCCAUGCUCCCAACUUCCUGAUUGAUGCACCAACGCACAAAGCAACAUCCAUCAAGACAUGCGCUGAUCUCAGACCGAUUGGAAGACAAAUUCUGCCAUCCGAUAUCAAUAGUGGAAGGGUUGAAAAGCUGGAAGGUCCAUGUGUUCUGCAGCUGCAGAAGUUGAGGAAUAUCUCUGCACCAAAAGAUAUCGAGUCCCAGGGAGGGCCGCGAAUGCUGCGCCUGCAAAUGACAGAUGGCCACACCACCUGUGUUGGAUUGGAAUUUCAACACUUGACCAAAAUCAGCCUUAAUACUCCCCCCGGAACAAAAAUUAAGCUCCUGGGUACAGUUCUGGUUAGGAAUGGGUUUUUGCUCCUUGAUGACUCAAACAUUUCUAUUCUUGGUGGAGAAGUCGAACACAUGGUGGAGAAAUGGGAACUGCAACGUAGUCUGGCUAAACACAGCAGAAACAACGUGGGAGCAGAAGGUGGGCCGCCUCCUUUUUUGGCAUUUGGCCAGAAGAACGCAAAGAAGGAUGAAAUAGACAGUGAAGCGCUUGACAAGAGAAAAACCCUUCAGACCGUCGUCAAAAUUGCUGAUGAGAAUGACGAGUUUGCAAAACAGCGGACGGCGGCCAUUGCUGAGGUGGCCAAAGGCAAAGAGGCUCCCCGUACAUUUGGUGGAGGAGGAAACGCAGGGAACAAUUUAUCCGCCACGACUUCACGGAACCGUGACAAGCACAGGCGGGAAGACAGGGUUGAUAGACAUGACAACAGACAAGAGGGAACCUAUCGAGAGCUGGUGGAUGAGCGUGCCCUCAGGGACAUCCUAGAUAUGGGUUUUAACAAGGAGGCAGCCCGGCAGGCCUUAAUGGAUAACAACAACAAUCUUGAGGUGGCGCUCAACUGUCUUCUCACGGGACCUUCGAAUAGCAGAUCCAACUCUGCGGUCGCUGACAAGCCUCAGCCUAGAGGCAGAGGAAGGGGACGAGGCCGCUUCAAGAAUGAUGAGGAGCAGGAGGCUGGAGGAAGGCCCUCUGGCCCAAGUACUCUUUUUGACUUCCUGGAAUCCAAGAUGGGUGUUUUCUCCAUUGAUGAGCCAAAGAGCCAGCCCCCCCAGAGACAUGAGAACAAUAAUUGGCAUGGUUCAGACCAUUACUCCAAAGAAGCUUCUCACACAAAGUUCUCCUCCCAUAAUGAUCAUCGGCAAAAAAAGAAUGACAGGCCACCCCGCUUUCACAGGGACGCAGACUUUCCCAAACCAGGACAGGAGCCCGUUUCGGACUGUACAACCUCCCAAAAUUCAUCAAUGCAGCAGUGGAAAGGUCAAGAUAGGUCAUCACGGGGAACACCAGACAGACAACCGAAUGACCGGAAAGAGAGUGAUGAUGAACAUAUUACUGCCUCUUGCUUCGCACCAUCGUUCACUCAUUCAAAGGAAACGCAACAGCAGGUGGAAUCAGUUGGAUCAUUUCCGCAGCGGUCAAGAAAUGAUGAUGGUGGGAACACGGCUGGCCCAUUUCUUCGGAGAGGGGCAAAGGACUAUGCACCCUCAUCCAAACUGGCGAAUCCUUCAGGAAAUGACAUAAUCCCGAACCCUAACCUAAACAACUUCAGGCGAAAAGCAAAACCUGACCGACCUGACUAUGUUGUGCGUCAAAAGGAUGGUGCGCCACCAAAGGGAGGGAGCUUCCGAACAUCCUGUGAAGUCCAAAUGUUUCAGGAUUCACAAUUCCUGACAGGGGGUCCAUCUAAUUACCAAAACGGAGAUGUGGCACCCAUAAGAACUGGUCCAAUCAAGCCUACUAAUACAACUGGUCCUACCUACAGGGAGCAGCCUCCUAAGCGGAACACUCAUAAUAAUUUCGGACCCAAAAGAAAGUCUGGGCCAGGUAAAGGUCAAGGUCCUCGAGGGGCAAUGAAAAUCACGAAUGUCGAUCAGACAUGGAAACCUGGAGAUCAGUGUCUUGCUCUGUACUGGGAAGACAGUAAGUUCUACCAUGCCAGAAUAGAUGCCGUGCAUCCAUCAGGCACCACAGCCGUGGUCGUGUUUAGUGAUUAUGGAAACUGCGAAGAGGUCCUCCUCCAUAACCUCAAGCCUGUUACUGCUGACAUCUUGGAGGAAGAUGAUGGCUACUAUGACAGUUCCCUCGAGUUUCGCCGUGGUGGAGAUGGACAGCCGAGGCGCACAAGACCAACCCAACAGUAUUACCAGCCACCCCGGGCACGGGAUUGAUGGCACCAUUUAGUCUGGCGGCUGAAUUUAUUUCUAGUUGGCAGGGUCUUCUCUUCAGUGCUAUGAUUGUCCUUCCGUAAAAGCUCGCGUUUAUGAACUGUGUAUGAACUCGGCUCUAACAUUGGAUUAAAUGAAGGAAAGAAUCUUUCAGCAUCACAUUAAUUCAAAGACAUUUUUCUAACCUUGUCUUAUUGUGUCUAACACGACCCAUCUUACAGGGUAUUAAAGAAAAAAACUGUUUCAAAUUUGAUGACUGGAAUCUCGCAUUGGAUAUAGAAUGUUUCUUCCUCCUCCUCGAAGCUCUCCUUCUUCGAUGCAAUUGGAUUGUGGUAAUGAGCUUGAACUCAAAAGUGGGUUUCUCAAUCAAGUUUUUACAUCGAUCCCGCGAGUGUUCCCUCAACUCUGAUGUCUGCGCACUGUUGGGACCUGGAGGGCUUUUCAAAGGGCUUACAAUGCAAAAAUGGCAACGGUAAACGGGCUGUCAGUUGUAUCGCGCUUUUCUACCUCGGGUCGUCAAAGCGCUUUACACGCUUACCUCAUUCGUCCCCUGAUGACGCAGCAUCAGGAGCAACUGGGGGGGGGGGGUUCAGUAUCUUGCUCAUGGACACUUCGACAUGCUCGCAAAUGGCCAUGGAUCGAACCACCAACCUGAAACGACCACUCUACCAGUGAACCAUGCCGACCUGGAAAAAAAAAGAGGAGCAAAAACUGACACUGAGCACUCGAUUUUGUUUUGGAUAUGACUGUAAUAAUGCGGGUUUCUUAAAAGGAUGAGUUGAAAUAAAACUUGAUGUAGCUA